AUGUCGACGGCGGCUUUGCACCAAUUCGUCGGGAAUCUGAAAUCCCGUCACGAACAAGUGCGAAACAAGGCGGUGAACGAUCUCUCCUUGUACGUGAAAAAUGAACUCAGAGAAGCCACUGCGGACGAAAUCAACAAUUUCUUGGACGAAUUCAACCAUCAGAUAUUCGAGAUGGUGUCGAGUAACGAUGUUAACGAGAAGAAAGGGGGUAUCUUAGCUAUAGUGUGUCUUAUUGGCACCGAUGUGGGGAAUAUGACUUCGAGAAUUAGUAGGUUUGCGAACUACCUUAGAAACCUCGUGCCUUCGCAUGAUGUCGGCGUGAUGGAACUAACAGCUAAAGCUGUGGCCCUGUUAGCUUUCGUUUCGGGCUCAAAAGCGUCCGAAUACGUUGAAUUCCAAGUCGAUAGAGCCUUCGAAUGGCUCCAGGAAGACAAAGCCGAUGGCAAAAGACUGGCUGCUGUACUAAUAUUAAAAGAAUUAGCGAUAACAAUGCCAACGUAUUUCUAUCAACAAGUCUCUACGUUCUUCGAGUUAAUUACCAACGCUAUUCAAGACCCGAAAGUGGUGAUUAGAGAAGGAGCUGUCGAGGCACUUAGAGCAGCAUUAGUUGUCACUGCUCAAAGAGAAGUGGGAAAAGUUAGUUGGUACAAACAAUGCUACAAAGAAUCGGGAACACUUCUGCUUGCCGAAAAAGGAGAGAGAAUUAGAGACGAACGCGUUCACGCAUUCCUACUCAUUCACAACGAAUUGAUAAGGCUCGCGAACGCCAGCUGGGAGAGAAAAUACACGGCUUUGCUGGAAAAAACCGAUCCGAAGAGUUCCAACGAUCAAGAAAGCUUCUCGUUCAACAGGCCCCUUUCCAUGUACCCUACGCCGAACAAAAACGUGAACUAUCAAGUUUUGCACGCUCUAACGCCGGAGAAACCGAUCAUCAUCGAAUCGCCCGCUUGCCGUCAAUUAAUCUCCGAGAAAUUCGCGUACAUUUGCGUCGACGUAAUCACGCACAAGUUCAGUCGAUACAGUUACGUGCAGCAAACGUUCCUCAACAUUUUGCCCAGAUUGGCCGCCUUCGACAAGGCCGAGUUCGUCAAGAACCACCUGAGCGGAGUGAUGUCUUAUUUGUUCAGCAUGCUCAAAAGUAGGGAGAAGGAGCGUAAUAUGGCGUUCAUCACCGUCGGUCUUAUUGCUAUUGCUGUCGAAGAGGCAAUCGAACCGCACGUCGAGAAGAUAAUGGAACUAGUCAAGGCGGCUUUGCCGAGGAGCGAGAUGACGUUGAAGAAACGCGGCACGAUCGAUCCUUGCGUGUUCAAAUGCAUCACGUUUUUGGCGUUGUCGUUGAAAAAUCACGAUAAAAUGGAUAUUCCUAAUAUUUUAGAGCAAAUGUUAGCGACGGGAUUGUCAUCGUCGCUUACUAUUUCGCUGAGAGAGCUCGCGAAGAAUGUUCCGGCUCACAAGGAGAAAAUCAGCUUGGGUUUAUUGAGAAUGCUGUCCCAGAUCCUGUUGAACAAACCGCUGAUCCACCCAGGUACUCCGAGGCAUUUAACGACCAACAUACUUUCGAUCGGCAGCAGUUCGGAUAUGUACGAUACUCAAAUCAUAGUGCUCGCCCUUCAUACUUUAGGAACGUUCGAUUUCGAAGGCCAGCGACUCCUACCGUUUGUCCAACGUUGCGCCAAUUACUUUUUAAUACACGAACAAACCGAAAUCAGGCUAGAAGCCGUUCGAACUACCUGCAGGCUUCUACGUCAUGCUAUCAGGAAUUCUGCUAAGAACCCUUCCGAAACCGUAACAAUAACAGUAGCUUCAGUUUUAAAUCGAUUGCUGAGCGUGGGUUUGAUCGACAUGGAGUCUACAGUGCGUAGGGGAGUCUUGAUAUCUCUAGAUCCCACGUUCGACCAUCACUUGGCUCAAGCGGAGUCUUUGGGAGCGUUAUUUACAGCUCUCCAAGACGAAGUUUUCGAAAUUAGAGAAGUAGCUCUGUUCACUAUAGGACGCUUGAGCUGCAUGAAUCCCGCAUAUAUUAUGCCUAGUCUAAGAAAAGUAUUAGUACAACUAUUAACGGAAUUGGAGCACUCGGGUAUAGGUCGAAAUAAGGAGCAAGGCGCUCGGAUGCUGGAUCAUUUGAUCGUCAGCGCUCCGAGACUAAUUAGACCGUACAUGGAACCCAUUUUAAAGGUGUUAGUUCCUAAGUUAAAAGAACCGGAACCGAAUCCCGGAGUGAUUCUCUCGGUUUUAAUGACAAUAGGAGAUUUGGCCGAGGUGACGGGCGGGGAUUCUGAGCUGCAGCAGUGGAUGCACGAGCUGAUGCAAAUCCUACUCGACAUCCUCGGGGAUUCGUCUUCUCCGGACAAGCGAUCGGCCGCCUUGUGUACUUUGGGCCAAUUAGUAGGAGCUACGGGUCACAUAGUGAAUCCUUACAGUCAAUAUCCCUUGCUCUUGGACGUGUUGAUUAACUUUUUGAAGACUGAACAACAGCCGUCGAUUAGGAGAGAAACGAUUAGAGUUUUAGGAUUACUAGGCGCUUUGGAUCCUUACAAGCACAAAAUUAAUCGUGGUCAAAUCGAUUACCAGCCCGAGGCUCCCAUGCUUAUAGCCAUUACGGAUAAAGGUGUGGGGGGCGAAGGAGACGGGGAGUUCGGUUUGAAUUCCAGCGAAAUGUUGGUCAGCAUGAGUUCCCACACGCUCGAAGAAUAUUAUUUAGCCAUGGCGAUCGCCACUUUAAUGAAAAUCAUCAGAGAUCCCGCUCUGUCCCAACAUCACACGAUGGUCGUGCAAGCCGUUACCUUCACUUUUAAAAGUCUAGGAAUCAAAUGCGUACCUUAUAUAUCACAAGUGCUUCCGAGUUUACUCAAUGUCGUAAGGACGGCCGAUGUAAAUUUCAGGGAAUUCCUGUUUCAACAGCUGGCGCAAUUGGUUGCGAUCGUUAAGCAGCACAUUCGUAAUUAUUUGGACGACAUAUGCGAUUUGAUAAAGGAAUUUUGGGUUCCGAACAGUUCGAUACAGAGCACCAUUAUUUUGUUGCUCGAGCAUAUAGCUGUUGCUUUAGGAGCGGAAUUCAAGGUUUAUCUCCCGAGGCUGAUACCGCAGAUUUUGAGAGUUUUGAAUCACGAUACUUCGAAAGACAGACAAUACACGUUGAAGUUACUGGAAGCCAUGCACAAAUUCGGUAAUAAUUUAGAAGAUUACUUGCAUCUCAUUCUACCGCCUAUUGUGAGGUUAUUCGACGCCCCCGAUUGCCCGCCCGCAGUUCAAAAGAAAGCUUUAGAAACAAUCGACCAACUCGCGGAAAUUCUCGAUUUUUCCGAUUUCAUUUCGAGGAUUAUUCAUCCCUUAAUGAGAACUAUCGAUAAGAAUAAUUCGCCGGAAAUUCGAGAAGCGGCCAUCGAAUGCCUGUGCAAUCUAAUCAUGCAGAUGGGACGUAAAUUCUGCAUAUUCGUGCCGAUGGUGCAGAAAAUCCUGAUCAAACACAAAAUCCAAAAUAGGAAAAUCGAGAUACUUUUAUCGAAGAUCCAAACGGAAACGACGAUGGCGGACGAAACCGAUUUGGGAAUUACGCGCAACAAAACGAAGAGAACCAGAGAAGAUCCGUCAGUGGCCAACGAUUCUUCCAUUAGUCAAAGGCUCAAGGUUUCCGUGAAGAAUUUACAACAGGCUUGGACGCCCAUCAGAAGAGUUUCAAAGGACGAUUGGUUGGAAUGGCUCCGCUGCCUUAGUCUGGAAUUGCUCAGGCAAUCUCCCAUUCCGGCGCUGCGCUCGUGCCUUCCGCUCGCUCAAACCUACUCGCAACUGUCCAAGGACCUGUUCAACGCGGCCUUCGUCAGUUGCUGGGCCGGUUUGCUCAAGGAAGAGGACAAACAGAAGAGCCUAAUGAGCGGCUUGGAGCAGGCCCUUAAGGUGCCCGACGUGCCCGAAAUCACGCAGACCAUUCUCAACUUGGCCGAAUUCAUGGAGCAUUGCGACAAGGGCCCCCUGCCGUUGGAUCCGCAUUUGUUAGGCGAGCACGCUAUGCAUUGCAGAGCUUACGCUAAGGCGCUGCAUUACAAAGAAGAGGAAUUCCAGAGGGGAGGCGGGAACAACGAUCACGUAGUUGAGUCUCUGAUUUCUAUUAAUAACAAACUGCAACAAAAAGAAGCUGCAGAGGGUCUCCUACAAUACGUACUUAGGAAAUCCGGGAAUGUUCAAGUGAAGGUGGGUUGGUACGAGAAACUUCACAAUUGGGAUAAGGCUCUCGGGAUGUACGAGGAGAAACUGCAAAGCGACGGUUCGGAUCAGGAAGCGGUCUUAGGGCAAAUGAGGUGUAUGGAGGCUUUGGGAGAGUGGACGAGCCUCCACGAUUUGGUGGAAGAAAAAUACAGCAUUUUGUCCGACAAGUACAAACAGAAAGCGUGCCGUUUGGCCGCCGCUUCGGCGUUUGGUCUUCACAAUUGGUCUUCCAUGGAACGAUACGUUAAAUGCAUACCUCAAGAUUCCCAAGAAGGUGCUUUCUAUAGGUCUAUUUUAGCCAUACACACCGAACAGUACAGAGUGGCGCAAGAUUACAUCUACACAGCUCGAGAUAUGCUAGAUAAAGAACUGACAGCAAUGGCGGGCGAAAGCUAUCAAAGAGCCUACGGGGCCAUGGUGCAAGUUCAAAUACUCAGCGAGCUCGAAGAGGUAAUGCAAUACAAGUUGGUGCCUGAAAGGAGGCCAACGAUCAGAGCGCUGUGGUGGCAACGUUUGCAAGCCGGUCAAAGAUUAGUCGAAGAUUGGCAGAAGAUCAUUCAGGUUCAUUCUCUGGUGCUCGAGCCGCACGAAGACAUACACACUUGGUUGAAGUACGCGGCUUUGUGCAGAAAGAACGGAUCGAUUAGAUUGUCCCAUAAAACGUUGGUGAUGUUGUUGGGGUACGAUCCCGAAGAAAAUCCACAGUUAUCUCUACCCGUAACAUCUCCGCACGUUACUUUCGCUUAUACUAAACAUUUGUGGGCUACGGAUCAGAAGCAAAGAGCCUAUCAGCAAUUGAAGCUGUUUUUGGGCCAGUAUACGAGACACGUGGAUUCUUGUUUGACCUUGGAAGAAAGACAAGCCCUGUUGGCGAGGUGUUAUUUGAAAUUGGGAACGUGGCAGGAAUCGUUAGAAGGCAUUACGGAAAAUUCCGUAACGAAAAUUCUGAAUUGCUACCAGCAAGCUACCGAGUUCGAUAAGGAUUGGUACAAAGCUUGGCAUUCUUGGGCUUACAUGAAUUUCGAAACGGUGCUCUUCUACAAGAACAAACAAGACGCCGAGAAACUGAAAACAGAUAGACCCAUCAACGAUUGCGAAAUGAGCGUAGACCUGAACAAACACACGGUGUUAGCAGUACAAGGAUUCUUCAAAUCGAUUUAUCUAUCGCAAGGCAGCUCGCUACAAGACACCCUUCGUUUGCUAACCCUAUGGUUCGACUACGGGCAAUCCACCCAAGUGUCCGAAGCCAUAUCCGAAGGCAUUCGGCUGGUGGAGAAGAACACGUGGCUGCAGGUGAUACCGCAGCUGAUCGCGCGCAUCGACACCAAUCGCCUGCUGGUGUCGAAGCUCAUCAACGCCCUGCUGGUGGACAUCGGAAAGACCCACCCGCAGGCGCUCGUCUAUCCCUUGACGGUGGCGACCAAGAGUAACUCGAUCGUGCGCAAGAACGCGGCCAAUAAGAUACUGAAGAGCAUGAGCGAGCAUUCGCCGACGCUGGUCAGGCAGGCCAUGAUGGCCUCCGAAGAGCUGAUCAGGGUGGCCAUUUUGUGGCACGAGAUUUGGCACGAGGGGCUCGAGGAAGCUUCGAGGUUGUAUUUUGGUGAACGUAACGUGGAAGGUAUGUUGCGGAUUUUGGAGCCGUUGCAUACGAUGAUGCAAAGAGGACCGGCGACUUUGAAAGAAACUAGUUUCAACCAGGCCUACGGGAGAGAUUUGGCUGAUGCUUACGAGUGGUGUCAAAGAUAUAAAGUAUCAGGAAGCAUUCGCGAUUUAAAUCAAGCUUGGGAUCUUUACUACCACGUGUUUAGGAGGAUAUCCAGGCAAUUACCUCAGUUGACUUCGCUGGAACUCCAAUACGUAUCUCCUAAUCUACUCGUUUGUAAAGAUUUGGAAUUGGCUGUGCCUGGUAGUUACGCGCCCGGACAAAGCAUCGUCAGAAUCGAUCACUUUAAUCCUUCAUUAGAGGUGAUAACAUCCAAACAACGUCCAAGGAAACUGGUAAUUCGCGGUAGCAACGGCAAAGACUACAUGUUCCUGCUGAAAGGUCACGAAGAUCUGAGGCAAGACGAGCGUGUAAUGCAGCUUUUUGGUCUAGUUAAUACUCUACUCUUGAAAGAUCCGGAUACUUUCCGUAGGAAUUUAACUAUACAACGUUAUGCUGUCAUACCGUUGAGUACAAAUUCCGGCCUCAUAGGCUGGGUACCUCACUGUGAUACAUUACACACACUGAUCAGAGAUUAUAGGGAUAAAAAGAAGAUACUGUUGAACAUCGAGCACCGAAUAAUGCUGAGAAUGGCCGCGGAUUAUGACCAUUUGACUGUUAUGCAGAAGGUCGAAGUGUUCGAGCACGCCCUCGAGCACACGCACGGAGACGAUUUGGCCAAAUUGCUGUGGUUGAAGAGCCCCUCUUCGGAGGUGUGGUUCGAUAGAAGAACGAAUUAUACGAGAUCUUUAGCGGUGAUGAGCAUCGUAGGGUAUAUCCUAGGAUUGGGCGACAGGCAUCCAAGCAAUCUUAUGCUCGAUAGAUUAAGCGGUAAAAUUCUACACAUCGAUUUCGGAGAUUGCUUCGAAGUGGCGAUGACUAGGGAGAAAUUCCCGGAGAAGAUCCCGUUCAGGCUGACGAGAAUGCUGAUUAACGCCAUGGAAGUGACGGGCAUCGAUGGGACUUACCGAAGAACCUGCGAAUCUGUGAUGUCUGUGUUGCACCGAAACAAAGACAGCCUGAUGGCCGUGUUGGAAGCCUUCGUUUACGAUCCGUUACUGAAUUGGAGACUGAUGGAUGCCACAUUGAGGAACCGAUCGAAUGCCGGUGAAAUCGGAUCGUUUUCUACCGGUACAUCUCAAGAUCACGAUCCGGUGGAAUCCCUCAGCAUGACUUUGAAUAAAAAAAAUCUUUUGUCCGAUAUUGUGAGCGAAAACUCCCAGCCGGAGGAGGUCAAUAAAAAAGCGGUCGCUAUUAUUAAUCGGGUCAGAGAUAAAUUGACUGGAAACGAUUUCAACGUGGAGGAAUCUCUUAGCGUCGAAAAGCAAGUCGAUCUGCUCAUACAGCAAGCCACCAGCAAUGAAAACCUCUGUCAAUGCUACAUCGGUUGGUGUCCAUUUUGGUAA